AUGGCACCAGUGAACAGACCCGCCCAUGACAAGUAUGACUAUGUCGUUAUCGGUGGUGGAAGUGGAGGUGUUGCUGGCUCGCGGCGAGCAGCUUCGUACGGAGCCAAAGUCGCGUUGAUUGAGGUCACCCCAAACCUAGGCGGAACCUGUGUUAACGUUGGUUGUGUUCCGAAGAAGAUAAUGUGGCAUGCAGCCGACCUCCGUGACAAGAUCAUGCAUCAUGCACCAGGGUACAACUUCACCAAUCUCCCCGAGACACCCACAUUCAACUGGGCUACCUUUAAACCGCAACGAGACGCGUAUAUCCGUAAAUUAAACGGCAUAUAUUCAAACAAUCUGGCCAAAGAAGCUGUCGAGGAGCACCACGGCCACGCCAAACUCCUCUCGCCUACUCAGGUUGAGGUCACCCGCCCAGAUGGUCAGAAAUACACGCUAAACACGGACAAGGUUCUUGUCGCGACAGGCGGCAGACCGACCAUCCCCAGCGACGAGAAAAUCCCUGGUGCAUCUUUGGGCAUUAACAGCGACGGCUUCUUUGACCUCGAAGAGCAACCCAGGCGCGUGGCCGUGGUAGGAGCAGGGUAUAUCGCUGUCGAGCUUGCGGGAGUAUUUAACUCACUCGGGACGGAAACUCACUUGAUCAUCCGCAAGGACAAGGUGUUACGUACGUUCGACCCGUCACUCCAGGAUGUCAUCACGCCUUGGAUGGAAAAGACUGGCAUUCAUAUUCACAAGACGACCAACGUAACCAAAGUCACUGGUACCAAGGGCCAGCCACUCACUGUCCAUACCGACACUGGCGAAGCGAUCGAAGUUGACUGCCUUUUGUGGGCUAUUGGCCGGCAUGCAAACACGGAAAACCUUGGAUUAGAGGAACUUGGGGUGAAGCUCGACAAGAAGGGCGAUGUCAUCGUGGACGAGUACCAGAACUCGUCGGUCCCAGGAAUAUACGCUGUUGGUGAUGUGCAAGGCAAGGCCUUGCUGACACCCGUGGCUAUCGCUGCUGGUAGAAGACUCGGGAAUAGGCUAUUUGGACCGGAGAAAUACAAGCAGGAGAAACUCAGCUAUGAGGACAUCCCCACCGUCGUAUUCUCACAUCCGACUAUCGGGACCGUCGGUUUGACAGAACCAGAAGCACGGAAAAAGUAUGGUGAUGAUCAGGUUAAGAUAUACAAAUCGAACUUCCGUUCGCUCUACUUCUCCAUGGUGCCCGAAGAGCACAAGGAACCGUCGAUGUACAAGCUCGUUUGCGUUGGAGAGGAGGAACGGGUGGUUGGUGUGCAUAUCAUCGGGAUCGGCAGCGACGAAGUGAUGCAAGGAUUUGCCGUCGCUGUGAAGAUGAAGGCGACGAAGCAAGAUCUGGAUGAUACGGUCGCUAUCCACCCUACGAGCUCUGAAGAAUUGGUUACGUUGCGAUAG